UAGCAGACUCGCGCACCUUUCCUUCCCUAUGUUGGCAUGGCGGGCUUUUAGUUUCUGUCGUUCCUCCCCAAAGAAGAAUGGCACUUUCUCAUUUACUUCUGAGGCGCUUCAACUGUUCCCGGCCCCUCUCCCUUUAUUGCCUUGCAAAAGUUCCAAAUACAGCAGGCUUCUCCUCGCUCUCCCCUGCAGCCGAAUCCAGUGACCAAUCUCCUUCCAUCCCCAAACCCACUUCUCUAUCCGCUCGCAUGAGCUUUAUUUUCGAACAAAUCGAUGAAAUUGACAAGAAACGCGAAGAAAAAGACCAAACCCUCCAGCGAAUCCGCGCCUGGCGGGAAUCCAAGAAACAACAGAAUGGUCCCAGUUCAGGACCGGCGCAAACGCCGCCGGAGCGCGACUCGAUGGAGGAUUUAAAGUCAGAGUUAGUGAAAAGUGAAGCAUUUUUGGUGAAUAAUGAUGUGAAGAAGGAGGUGGAGUUGGUGCACCCGUGGCCGGAAUGGAUAGAGUUGAUGGAGAGGCUGGUGCAGCAGAAUUACUUUGACCACAGGAGGAAGGACGAAGAUGGUAUGAUGGAAGGCCUUGGUUUUGAUUUAUCCGGGGCUGCCACUGAGGAUCAUAAAGGGCUCGAUUUUACGCGGGAUUUCAAGACUGUGCAGGCUGCUGUAAUCAAUUUUGGUCGUGAUCGUUUUGAUAUCUUGAGGUCAUUGUCGAGACAGGAUCUUCAAAUAUUGGUUGGUUAUGGAUGCCCUAGUGCGGACAAGAAGGUGGUCUUUUCCAGCAAAUUGUUGAGGAAACAUGUCCAUCUGGACGAAGGAGAUGUUUGUAGUUCCUGCAGCUUGAGGGGCUCUUGUGAAAAAGCAUAUCUGCUCACAAAUAAAGAGGAUGAAGCACGGACAAUUGAUGUCAUGCGUAUUCUACUUGCUUAUGGUUUUGAUCCGAUUGAUGGAUCAGUUGUAAACAAAUCCCUUUUAAAAUUGAAAACUGUGAAAACUGUUGUUCGGAAAUUGCUUCAUGAGGUAGUCAAGCUAAGUGCAGUUCCAAUAGAUCCGAAUCUUCCCCCUCCUGUUAUCAAAAGGCCUCCACCGAAGGUAAAGCAACCACCUCCCCCUCCCAAGAAAAGAGUUGGACGGGAUGACAUCGAAAUGAAAAAGGGCGAUUGGCUCUGUCCCAAGUGUGACUUCAUGAACUUUGCAAAAAAUACUGUGUGCCUGCAGUGUGACGCUAAGCGUCCAAAGCGCCAGUUGCUUCCAGGAGAAUGGGAAUGCCCCCAGUGCAAUUUCUUAAACUACAGGAGAAACACAGUAUGUUUCCACUGUGAACAUAAGCGUCCACCUGAUACAUAUACUGAGAGUCAAUUUCCAGAGAAGCAACGUGGUCCCAAGAUCAGGAUAGAAAAGAUCUCUGAUAGGAAAGAUGUUUCUAAUGCAUGGAAUUUUGAUUUUGAUGACAAUGAAUCUGAUGGAGCAGAUGUUGCUGCCUUUGAGUAUGCAGAUUCUCAGAAACUAGAUAAAGAUUUUCCACUCAACAAGCAUGCUUUUCAUGAAAAUUCUAGAGGACACGAAGAUGGUUUUGAAAGGAGCAGCAGAUCUCCGAAGUUCGAACGGGAGUAUUCUGAUUCUGGUCCCAUGAGAAACGGUGUAGGAUUCAAUGAUUUUGAUGAAGAAGAAGAUGAUGAUGUUCAUAGUUAUGAAAUGGUUAGCCAAAAUGAAGUGCCUGAAACUUCUCAAAUAGAUUUCUCAGAGCUUGAAGUGGACUCAGAAUCUGAAGAUACAGAAAGCACUGAAGGUAAUUGGCAUGCUCGUGGCAAAACUAAAUUACCAACACGUGGCCAGAAACAAAAGAAUCGCAAAGCAUUUGCUGAAGAUGUUGAACUAGACUUUGAUACUGAUGAUGACCUUCCAAUUCAUCCGAAAUGGAAAUCGAGUCAUGUUGCUAACCAAAAACAGCAAACCAGAGAUAGAGAUGCCAUGACUUUUGGUUCAGAUGAUGAUGAUCUUGGGUCCAGCUCUGGCUCUGACGACGAAUCUUUCAGAUCCAAGAAGAAAGGAAAUAGAAGGGGCUCUAAUGGAAUGGACCGCAGUAAACGGAGGUCCAGCUUUAAGGAUGAGUCUCUUUCUGAAGCAGAUUCUGAUGAUGAUCUAAGUUUUCAUAGUGAUAGACGAAGAGAUAGAGCAGGCCUAAAUCGUCCCGGAAAAGCAUCCAGGGGCAUUAGCGGCAAGAUAGCUGGCAAGAAAAGCUCUGCGAACAAAGGUUUUAGUAGAUCUUCAGGACCAAAGCGAACUAAUAGAGAUUUUCAAGAGAAUUCCUAUAGCCGGCAAGCAAAGACUUCUAGAGACCGUAACAUGUCAGAAUUUCCAGAUUAUAGACGAGGUGGGUCAUCCGACAAGCAGGGAAGAAGAUCAAACAAUUUUGGUAAUCAAUCUGACAGUUAUUUGGAUGACGAAAGAUACCGGAGACCAAGGAUAAACGUGCGAUGAGUCGCAGCAGUUCUGCUUCAUGUGAGUCGAACGAAGUCUAACAUGUCGCAAAUCAUGUUUAUGAAAGCAGCCGGCCUUUAAAUGUCUUUGUAUGACGAUGAUACUGAUGUAUUUUUCUACUGGCAUCUAAAUCUGGCAUUGCAGACUACUGGUUGGCUACUUAAAUAUGUUCUGCAACUCUGUUACUUUGGAUGUCUGCUAAGUGCUAAUCCAAAUAUGCUCCUUGUUCUUCAGAGUUAUUCACUUCCCCUGGGGGAGGACUGAUUGCAGAGGAACUGCAUAACUUGUCGCCUGCAGGAUUCAAGUGACUGACCGAGGAUGUUCCUGUUUUCUGAUGUAAACGAUUUAUGAACUAAUCCUUGGAUGCAGAAACAAUCAGAUAUAAGUUCCUGUUUUCUUACGGACAAAGACAACCAGUAAAUUGUCAAGUUCACAUUCUUUAAUUUGGAUGUUGUUUAUGGUUAAAGGUAAUUUCUUGUAUGUAAUUUAUACAUAUUAAACGA